UCUGACUCCAUCUCUAACAGUUUUACCGAGGUUUGGAUAAAAGAUGAAGUUUGAUUAUCGGCCAACUGAAUGGGUCAUGGGCCUGAAAUCAUCAGAUCGCCAGUCGCACCCUAUUUACGGCAUCAUGGGAGGAACAUGGCCAAAGGCAAAUCCUCGCUUCGUGCUUCCUCCUGGAAUCAAGAAGUCGACAAUAGGCACUCACGAAAAAGUGGCUGCUAUCGUCGAGGAAUACAAGCUCAGUCAGCCCUUCCUCGUUGCGCCGACGGGUGGAGUGUGCUUUCUUGACGAUGGUAACGGCACACUUUGUGGCAAGGUUUUCCAACAUCCUCCGACGAUGAAUCGACACAUGUACCAUCAACACACAGGGCAGAUCGUCCCUUACACCACCGGGAAGCAUGGGCCACUUGGCGAUGAAGUUUUCUAUCUGUCUGAGCGUGGCUUAUACAAGUUUGUAUUAGACGGAGUUUGGAAGAACGCGAUCUUCGUGACUGAGCCUGAGAAUGCCGAUGAAACCCCGGUUGGCAAGAUCGCAUUGUGGCUGGAGCAGCUUGCGAAAACUGAUGAGAACUUUGACGUUGCCCGGUAUGGCAACAAGUUCGCUCGACGACGGCCUCUUCGUAACCUUCCGAGUCCUCCGAGUCCACAGCCUCCGGCCGGUCCUAAGCGCAGACGCAAGGAUGAUCGGGAUGAUGAUGACGAUGAUGAUGAUGAUGAUGAGUACGAGCGUAAGUGUCUUCCGCCAGUCCCCGCACGAAGCCUGACCUCACAAUAA